CCAGCACUGCGGGGUACACGAGAACCAUCUUGGCGUCGACAUGCGUGCAGGCUUUGUUAAGGCUUGUUGUCCGUCUCACUCACAUCAAUUGGUUCUGUGGUGUAGUUGGUUAUCACUUCUGUCUAACACACAGGCGGUCCCCGGUUCGAACCCGGGCGGAAUCAUCUCUUUUGCUGGCCGUAGCAUCACUUAUGGCCAAAGAGUGCUGUUAUUUGUGCAGGACGUGGCUUUGUUUUGCAACGCUAGCUCUAGCUUCAAUUGUAGUCUAGAUCGCAUGGCAGUAGGAGUGCUAUGUUAAUCUAAGGAACGACGUCGGUACUAAUUAUUUAACCGAAGCCGUUGCUAGGCUAGAGAAAGUGUAGGGUGCGAUAUGUGUUCAAAAGUAACGAAGGAUGAGAAAGGUUCAAAGGAACUGAUGAUCUUACCUACAACCGUCAUAUAAUCAUACUGUUAACCAAGAA